AUGGGUGACUCUUCAAUAAGCAACAUUACUUUCUCUGAGGAAGAUCAGAUGGCGGAAGAAGGACAUAAUAGGGGUCUGUACGUAACUGCACUCAUCAAUGACUUUGAUUUUAAACGAGCUCUCAUCGACACAGAUAUUGCUUCCAAUGUUGUUCCUCUCAAAACCCUAAAGGCGGCCAAAUUCCAACAAUGCAAGAUUGUUCUUCAACCGAUCGUGAUGACCGAUUUUGAAGGAAACAAGACUAGUUCAUACGGGUACACGUAUUUAGACCUGAAAGUAGGACUAGUCUACUCGACGGUCAAAUUCCAUGUGAUCGAGAAACAACCUGAUUAUCACAUGAUCCUGAGGCGCACAUGGCUUCAUGACAACAAAGUCGUCCCUUCUACUUAUCAUCAACAUAUGAAGUCUCAACUCAACGACAAGGUUGUUCGUAUUUAA